GUACGCCCUGUCGCCUUGUUGGCCUCACAAUCGAAGCUCAGUGAACAGCCACUGAACGUCCCUUUCGACAUCCAGACUUACCUAAAGACUCGACCAUUCCACACCACAUACAACAUGGCCUCGCAAUUACUUCCUCUCGAGCUCAUCGACAAGUGUGUUGGUUCCCGCAUCUGGGUUGUCAUGAAGGGAGACAAGGAGUUCGCUGGCACUCUUGUUGGUUUCGAUGACUACGUUAACAUGGUUUUGGAGGACGUCACUGAGUUCGACUACUCCGGCAACCACACCAAGUUGAAGAAGAUCCUGUUGAACGGCAACAACAUCUGCAUGUUGAUUCCCGGUGGUGAAGGCCCAAUUGCGGCAUCUGCCUGAUUUGAAGGCUUGAGAGGAUACAUGAGGCAUGGCCGCGUUAGGAAGAAGCAAUCAUCAUCAGCAUAUCACGAAAUACGAAUGGACGUUUCUUUGCCCUCUGUCGGUCACUUCAAGAAGAAGUCAAUAAUAAUAGGUAAUUCAGACUGAUUCCAAAACACCUCCAAGGAAAUUGCUGCCAUACACAGCUCACAUGAGGCUAGCACGAUCAGCAGUUCCUCUUAACCUUAACCAAGCGCUUUUGGAUCACCUCUUCAAUUGAGAAACAAAGCAAGAAAAUGGCUGCCUGUUGUUGCAACUCACCUGAUCUAGGAGCACCAGCAACAUUGAAUAUCCAAACCCACCCCACCACCCAACCAGCCGUCCUUGCUCUCUUCCACAACCCAUAACUACCAAACCAACAUUCA